AAAAUGAUUGAUGUACCAAAUAAUUUUAGAGAGUAAUGAGACUAAGCACACAAUUUUUAUUUUUUCGAAUUUUAAUUUUAUUUUACAAUUCGAAGACUGCGUCUUCAUACAUGCCUUCUUGCUCCAGUAAAAUCUACUGUCAAGGAAAUCUCCUGCAUACAAUACAGACAAUGAAACCCUUCAAGGAUUCCAAACAUUUCGUUGACAUGAUGAUGAGGUACGACGAGAAAGAAAUCCACCAUAAUUUCAAAGUCUUCUACAAGAAUACAAAUAAUAUUACUAACCACGAGGUUAAGGAAUUCGUGAAGAAGAAUUUCGUUAUGGAAGAUGAACUUGAAAUUUGGCACGAGGGUGACUAUACUGACCAUCCAGGUCUUCUUGACAGAAUAAAUGUGCGAAAAUACAGGCAGUUUGUUAGGUCCUUGCUACCUAUUUGGAUAGUUCUAGGGAGAAGAAUUAAGAAGCACAUUUUGGAGGAAAAUUCGAGAUAUAGUAUCAUUCCAGUACCAAAUGGUUUUGUAAUUCCUGGCGGUAGAUUUAAAGAGUUUUACUAUUGGGAUUCUUAUUGGAUCAUAGUUGGACUCUUGCUAAGUGACAUGGUGAAAACAGUCAAAGGCAUGCUCGAAAAUUUUUUGUGGCUAGUGAAUAAAUAUGGCUUUGUACCCAACGGUGGUAGAAUAUAUUAUCUGAACAGAUCACAACCUCCACUCCUUCUAAUGAUGAUAAAUGAGUACUACAAGGUCACCAAAGAUACAGCCUGGCUGAAAAAAAACCUGCCAAUUAUGGAGAAAGAAUUACAAUUUUGGCUGAACAAAAGGACUCUCACCUUCCACUUCAACGGUACUAACUUCACGAUGGCCAGAUACAACGUCGAUAGCUCCACACCAAGACCAGAGUCUUACUUCGAAGACUUCCAUACCUGCAGCGCUUUUAAGAAUCUAAGAGUCGUAGAAAAAUGUUACAGAGAGCUUAAAUCUGGAGCUGAAAGUGGAUGGGACUUCAGUUCACGCUGGAUGACCAAUCGAAGAAGUUUGGCGGAAUUGGUAGUCUCCAGGAUAAUACCAGUAGAUCUAAACUCAUUCCUUAUAGAGUCUUUCAGAAUAAUCAGCGAGUUCUACAAGAUAGUUGGAGAUAAUGACAAGCAAAAGCAUUGGUUAAGCGUUUUUCUGAGCUGGAGGAAGAAUAUGCAUGACCUUCUAUACCACAAGAAGGAUGGUAUAUGGUACGAUUUUAACACAGCUACCCUGACGCAUACCAGGAACUUCUAUCCCAGCAAUUUCGCACCUUUGUGGGUCGAUUUGUUCCCAGAAAGGGAAGUUUCUAAGCCUCUUGGUUACAAAGCUUUGAAGCAUCUUCUGAAACAAAACCUUCUGAUGUUUGAAGGUGGGAUACCUACUUCCUUGUUGGAAACAGGAGAGCAAUGGGAUCUACCAAACGCGUGGCCUCCCUUACAGUCGAUUAUAAUAUUGGGUUUACACAGAUCUGGAGAUUCCUUAGCUCGUUGGUACGCUAGAAGGCUAGCUCAAAGGUGGAUAGACGUCAAUUGGGCCAUUUAUGAUAAUUCUAUGGUGAUGUACGAAAAGUAUAAUGCUGAAUUUCCUGGAGAAGCUGGAGGUGGUGGUGAAUACGAUGUCCAAAGUGGUUUUGGUUGGUCAAAUGGGGUGAUUUUUGAGCUGAUCGAAGAGUUUUUUACAGAUAGGAGGGGCAAUUUCAGGAGCAGCUGUGGAAGAUUUUCUCAGAUUUACUCAAUAGUUGUUUUUGUGCUUCUGCGAAUCGUAAAUGUGAGGUUAGGAUGAAAAAGUUCCAGUGAUAAGAAUAUCGAUGAGAAGUUUGUAUUAAGAGAAGAUUUUUCGUGGUUAUAUAUUCGAUCUAUUCAGUAUGUUUUCCUUCUGGCUCGAAUAGAUGAAGCACUGAGCUUAUUGUUUAGCGUAUUGGAGAUGACGCUCUUAAUUUCAAUAAAAAAAUUAAAUCAGCGUUA